GGAGGUGGGGGGCUGCGGAGCUGGGCAGCAGAGGGGAGGUCUGGAGCAGAUGGAUGGAUGGCCGCCCGGCAGCUCCUGGACACCAUGAAGCAGAUCUGCCUGUGCGCCGCAGCCUCCUUCGCGAGCCAGGACUGGAGCAAGAAUGAUGAGAAGCUCCUGCAGGCCGUGGACUAUAAUGAUGCCGAGCGCGUCACCACCCUGCUCGUGCGGAAGGGCCUCAUCCCCACCAAGCUGGACUCGGAGGGCAAAUCCGCGUUCCACCUGGCCGCCACGAGAGGGAACGUGGAUUGCCUGGAGGUGAUGCUGGCUCAUGGGGUGGAUGCCAUGACCAAAGACAGCUCCGGGUACAAUGCGCUGCAUUUGGCAGCCAAACACGGCCACCCACAGUGUGUGAGCAAGCUGCUGCAGGCACCCUGCCCGGUGGAUGUGGCUGACGGCUGCGGGCGGACAGCGCUUCAUCAUGCAGCUGUCAGCGGCUGCAUCUCCUGCUCUGAGAUCCUCUGCGAUUUCAAGGCCUCCUUGAAUAUCAAGGACAAGGAUGGCUUGACCCCCCUGCUCCUUGCAGCCAAGAUGAGCCACUCGGAGCUGUGCCGCUACCUGCUGCACCGCGGAGCCUCGGUGAACAGCAGAGACCAGCAGGGCAGGACUGCGCUGAUGCUGGCCUGUGAGCAUGGCAGCGUGGAGACGGUGGAGGUGCUCAUCCAUGCUGGGGCGCGGGUCACCACGGUGGAUGCCAUGGGCCACGACGCAAUUCACUACAGCACAGCCACAGGCAACGCUCUGAUCCAGCACUACCUACAGGAUGCCACUCAGCGCCGGUCCUGGGCCAGUGAAGAGUCUUCGAUGGAUCAGCUCUCCCAGACGUCUUCGACCAGCCAGCCUCUGUCCAAGGACAAGAACAGCACCCCGCGGAAGAGGAAGGCCCCCCCACCUCCCCAGUCUGCCCUCAACCAGGAGGACAGGGAGGCCUAUGAGGAGAUCGUGCGGCUGCGGCAGGAGCGGGCCCAGUUCCUGCAGAAGAUCCGGAGCCUGGAGCAACAGCAGGAGAAGCAGAAGCAGAACACAGGCUGGGGAAGGCAGGAAAUGGAGGAUGGCUCCCUGCGCUCCAUGGAGAAACAGGUAAAGGACCUGCAGAAGCAGCUGGCCGAGCGCGAGGGUGAGAAGGCACAUCUGGGGAAGGAGGUGGAGGCACUACGGAGCCGCCUGUCGUCGCUGGAGAACGAGAAGGAGAACACGAGCUAUGACAUAGACACGCUGCAGGACGAGGAGGGCGACCUGCUGGAGUUCCCAGGGGCAGAGGUGCUGCUGUCCAAGAAGACGAUGAGCCUGUCCACAGAGGAGCUGCUGGCCACACUGGAGGACCAGGUGCAAACCCUCACGCUGCAGAACAAGGAGCUGCAGGAGAAAAUCCAGAUCCUGGAGAACUAUGAGAGGGACGAGAGUGACCUAGACCCCUCGGGGGACUUCAUCCCCGUCCUGUUGUAUGACUCGCUGCGGGCUGAGUUCGAGCACCUGAAGGGGCAGCACGCUGAUGCACAGGCCACGCUGCAGAUGCUGGAAGGUGGCAAGACCCCCGGGGCUGCUGGCCAGCCUGGCACGGGAGCCGGCCUGGAGCAGCUGAAGGCCAAGUACGAGGCGAAGAUCCAAACCCUGGAGGAGGCGCUGAGGAAGGCAGUGAAGGGCCAGGCUGGGGCCGAGGAGGAAGGGACUGGCAGGGAGCGAGGCGAUGGCGACGAGGGCCUAAGGGCAGCAGCUGGGUCAGCGCUGGCCAAGGAGCUGGCCCAGACCCGGGAGAAAUACGAGGCAGCCUUGGCCGAGGUGCAGCGCCUGCGGGAGCAGAUUCAGCUGGGCAUCUUGUCAGUGGAGGACCAGGACAGUGCUGAGGCCAUGGACAGCUCCCUCAGCGAGCUAGAGACUGUGCGGGUGGCACUGCACAAAGCCCAAGAGGACCUGAGGGCCAAGGAGUGGCGGGUCAAGGACCUGGAGGGGCGUCUGGAGAGCCGGGCAGGAGCUGCCAGCCCGACCUGCUCCAUGGGGGAGACUGACGCCAACCUCAGCCAGUCACUGGAGGAGGCAGCCAAGGAGAAAGCGGCGCUGCUGGAGCGGUGCCGGCGGGCCGAGGCAGCCGUGGAGGAGCUGAGGAGGAACGUGGAGGAGAAGAGCCGUGACUUCCAGCGGGCAGUGGGCCCGGCAGAUGGGCGACGGCUGGAGGAGGAGAACCAGGAGCUGCAGCAGCAGCUGGGUGAGCUGAUGCGGCAGCACGGUGAGGUGAAGGCCCAGCUGGGGCAGCUGCGUGAGGCUCUGGCCCACAAGGACCAGGAGCUCGGGGCCCUCAAGGAGCAGCUGGCCGCCAAGCCCGUGUCACUGCAGGAGCACGAGGACGUAGUGGACCGGCUGAGCACCUCGCUGGCCCGUGCCAACCAGCAGCUGCAGGAGCUGCGAGAGGAGCACAGCACCAGUCAGCGCGCGCUGGCCCAGCUGCAGAGGGAGGCAGACGGUGCCCGGCGGGACUCAGUGCCCCGAGCCGAGCACAUCCGCACCACAGCUGCACUGGAGGGCAGCUUGCAGGAGAUCAUGGGCAGGGCCCAGCAGCUGGAGCGGGAGCUGGCAGCCAAGGGCAAGGAGGCGGCACAGCUGCGGGGGGAGCUGGCCAGCGCACGGGAGGGCGCGGUGCCACGGGCAGAGCAUGAGCGGGUGCGCAGUGGCCUGCAAGCCGAGGUGACCGCUCUGAGCCAGAAGCUGAGUGAGCUGGGCCGCAAGCAUGAGAAGACGUGUGCCGAGGUCUUCCAGGUGCAGCGCGAGGCCCUGUUCAUGAAGAGCGAGAAGCACGCAGCCGAGGGCCAGCUGGCCACCGUGGAGAAGCAGCUGCAGAGCCUGCGGGCCGAGUCUCAGCGCGUCCAGGAGCUGCACCGCCACAUCGAGGACUCAGCACGCCUCGUCAAGGACAAGGACAGGAAGAUCACGGAGCUGUCAAAGGAAGUCUUCAAGCUGAAGGAGGCAUUGAACGGGCUGUCAGAGCUGCCCACCAAAGCAGGAACCCUGCCAAAGGCACAGCAGGGCCAGCUGGAGGCAGGGGUGCUGCAGGGCAGGAUCAAGGCCCUGGAGGAGAAGCUGGCGGACACGGAGAGGCACCACAGCAAAGUGGUCUCACUGUAUCGGGGGCACCUGCUCUAUGCCGUUCAGGAGCUGGCACCGCAGGCCGGAGGACUGGUGGAAGGCCCCCCUGCGGGGUGGACAGGCGCCGGCAUGGCCCUGCUGGGCAGAAGGUCACUCACGUGGAACGCCGGAGCCCCCGAGUCAUGUGUGUGCGUGUGCGUGUGCGUGUGUGCACGCGUGCCCGCCGGCUUAGGCAUGUGCAACGCCUGCCUCCUCUGCUGUGGUCUGCCGCAUGGUGAAGAGCAGGCCUGUAUGGGGCCGUGGCUGUGUGUGCUUCUGCAGGGAGACCUCCAUCUGAGCCCCCCCCGCUCCCCAGGCCAGAUCCAGGACCCCAGCCCUGAACCCCCCCAACCCUAAACGCCAGGGCAGAGGCCAGAUUUGCCUCUCCGAGCCUGUGAUAGCAGGUGUAGGGGCUGGCUGUGCCCCUGACGCUGGCUGGGCUGGGGGCCGGAGCAAUGCCCACUCCAGGGCAGGGGGCCGGGCUCUGGCCAGCUCCGUGAGCACCUCUUCCUUCUGGGAAAUGGCUGUGUCUGGUGCCUGCAGCGAUGGCUACCUCUGGGACCAGCGAUGUCCUGCCCUGACUCAGCUCCUGGGGCUGGCAGUGGGGCUGAGCCAGGACAGACAUCUCCUGUGGCCCCCGGCUUGGGGGAGGCUGGUGUGACCCCCAUCUCCUUACAGGGCCACAUGGACGAAGAUGUGCAGAGGCUCCUGGGCCAGAUCCUGAAGAUGCAGCGACUGCAGGAGCAGGGCAGAUGAGCACUGUGGGGUCAGCGAUCCCAGCCCGGCUCUUGGAGCCUGGGCAGGGACACCCCAAGCCAGACAAUGGUGGAUUCACACAUGGGACU